AUGGCUGCGUCCCCGGCGGGGUCGGUGGUGAGCGCCGGGCUGGAUGAGAGCCCCACGGGGCUGAGCCCGGCCCCUGGGAAGGAGCUGAGCCCGGUGCUGCUGUGCAAGGUGUGUGGGGACACCAGCAGUGGGAAGCACUACGGCAUCUACGCCUGCAAUGGCUGCAGCGGCUUCUUCAAGCGCAGCGUCCGCAGGAAGCUCAUCUACAGGUGCCAGGCAGGGACAGGGCUGUGCCCAGUGGACAAGGCUCACCGCAACCAGUGCCAGGCCUGCCGGCUCAAGAAGUGCCUGCAGGCUGGCAUGAACAAGGACGCUGUGCAGAACGAGCGCCAGCCCCGCAGCACAGCCCAGGUCCAGCUGGACAGCAUCCAGCUGGAUGCUGAGCUGCCCCCUGAGCAUGUGGCCACCACAUGUGAGGUUCCCCCAUCAACCUGUCCGGCUCCUCGUGGUCCUGGCGCCACUGUCACCCCGGGUCCCCGAGCGCCCACACCGCCCACCAACCAUCGCUUCAUGGCCAGCCUGAUGACGGCCGAGACCUGCGCCAAGCUGGAGCCCGAGGACGCUGAUGAGACGGUGGAUGUGACGGGCAGCGAGCCGGAGCGGGCGGCCGGCGAGUACCAGGUGGCGCCGUACCCGGCAGCCAGCCCCGAAAACAUCUACGAGACCUCAGCACGGCUCCUCUUCAUGGCCGUGAAAUGGGCCAAGAACCUGCCCGUCUUCUCCAACCUGCCCUUCCGUGACCAGGUGAUCCUGCUGGAGGAAGCAUGGAGUGAGCUGUUCCUGCUCUGUGCCAUCCAGUGGUCCAUGCCCCUGGAGAGCUGCCCGCUCCUGGCUGUCCCUGAGCCGGGCCCUGGGAAGCUGCUGCCGGCCACCCUGGAUGUGCGGGCGCUGCAGGAGACCCUCGGCCGCUUCAAGGCCUUGGCUGUUGACCCCACGGAAUUUGCCUGCAUGAAGGCCGUGGUGCUCUUCAAACCAGAGACCCGUGGCCUGAAGGACCCUGAGCAGGUGGAGAACCUGCAGGACCAGUCACAGGUGAUGCUGGGCCAGCACAACCGUUCCCACUACCCCGGGCAACCCGUCAGGUUUGGGAAGCUGCUGCUGCUCCUGCCAGCGCUGCGCUUCAUCUCUUCGGAGCGCGUGGAGCUGCUCUUCUUCCGCCGCACCAUCGGCAACACCCCCAUGGAGAAGCUGCUGUGUGACAUGUUCAAGAACUGA